AUGUACAAAGGUAAAAUUCUAUUUCUACAUGGAUUCACGCAGUCAUCUUCAAUCUUCUAUGCAAAGACUUCUGGAUUAAGAAAACGAUUAGCGAAGUUAGGGUACAAAUCAAUCUACCUCAACGGACCGAUUAAGAUAUCACCUGCCGCAAUUCCUUCGAAUGAUUCCUUGGAGAAAUUCGAAUCAAAUAUAGGACCGGAAGAGUCUGACACUGAUCAUAGGGCCUGGUGGUUGAGGUCAAAUUUUGUAAAAGAUCCACUAGAUUUGAGCCUUGCCAUAGAUACUAUCAAAGAAUAUAUAUUGAAUAAUACUAUAAUAUCUGAUCCUGACUUGGCCCAAGAGGAGUCUGAAGAAGAGAAAAACUUACCAAUUGUCGGUAUUGUCGGAUUUUCACAAGGUGCAGCUCUCGGAGGUAUUAUUUGCCUGAAAUUCGACAAGAUCUUCGAUACGAAUCCAUUACAAUUUGCAAUUUUGUAUUCUGGAUUCAAGAUUGACUCAUAUGAAGCUCUGGGAAAUUUGAAGUUUUAUCCUACAGAAAGCGAGUCGGCUCCUCACGUAUUGCAUGUUUAUGGAGAGCUUGAUACCGUUGUCGAUGAAAAUAGAGUCCUUCCGCUAUAUAAUGCCAUGAAGAGCACCUCAGAUCUUUUGAAGCAUCCAGGUGGUCACUUUGUUCCCAAUUCGAAGAUAUAUGUCGAAAAUGUAAGCAAUUGGAUACAAAACAUGACUAAAGAGAGCAAAGAGAAUAAAAGUGACGAUGAUUUGGAUAAGCUUGGGGAUAUUAUAGAUUCAAUCGGAAAGGCAUGA